AUGGCAAACAAUGAGCGGACACCACUGAUUACCACAGUUCGGGUCGAGCAGCGCGGGCCUCGCUAUCGCACCUUCCCACACUCGACCUUCCGCCGGUUCUUUUUUGCUUUUCUGCCCGACGACCUCCGUAACGGCAAAGGCUCGCAUCACCACCACCGCCACGAUAGCUCUGAUCCAUUUCGAAGCAAUUCACUUGCAGCCUCGCAGAACGAUGGCUUGACACUCGAGGAGUUACAAAGGAUAAUACUAGAGACACCAUCGGAAGAGAGUGCCCGCGCACACAGCCACUACUAUACUUCUGGUCCACAUCUUGCAGGCAAGAAUCUAUCCCAAGCUCUAUGGACACGAGAUAGAUGGCAGGAAGCUGGUGUCAAGUCAGAUAUCAUCACAUAUGAUGUGUACAUAAACUAUCCAGUCGGUCAUCGGCUAGCAUUGCUGAAAAGGAGGAAUGGCACAUAUGACACGCUUUACGACUGCAGCCUCACGGAAGAUCCUCUCGAAGAGGACCCGACGACUAACCUCAAGGAUCGGAUACCUACAUUUCAUGGCUACAGCGCGAGCGGCAACGUCACUGCGCCAUACGUCUACGUCAAUUUCGGUACUUAUUGGGACUAUGAAGAUCUGCUGGCGAGAAACGUUAGCCUCAAAGGCAAGAUAGCACUUGCCAAAUAUGGUCGCAACUUUCGUGGAUUGAAAGUCAAGAGAGCACAAGAGCUCGGCAUGGUGGGAGUAGUAAUGUACUCGGAUCCUCAAGAAGACGGCCAGAUGACUGAGCUGAAUGGUCACAAGCCCUACCCAGAUGGUCCAGCCCGCAACCCAAGCAGUGUUCAGAGAGGCAGCACUCAGUUCCUCAGCUCAUUGCCAGGUGACCCGACCACGCCAGGCUAUCCCUCAAAGCCGGGUGUACCACGCACUGCUGGCAAUCUCUCUAUACCGCGCAUUCCUUCACUUCCAAUUUCAUACGCUGAUGCUCUUCCACUUCUCCGCGCACUGAAUGGUCACGGUCCACAAGCCUCCUCAUUCAGUAAGUAUUGGCAAGGCGGCGGUCUGGCUCACAAGAAUGUCUCGUACAAUAUUGGUCCUUCACCAUCGCAUAUCCAGCUCAACCUGGUCAACGAGCAAGAGUAUAUUACAACACCAUUGUGGAAUGUGAUAGGCAUCAUCAAUGGCACGCAGAAAGACGAAGUCAUUGUACUUGGCAACCACCGCGACGCCUGGAUAGCAGGAGGUGCAGGAGAUCCGAAUUCAGGUUCGAGUGCGUUGAAUGAAGUUAUUCGGUCGUUCGGUGUCGCCCUGAGCCGUGGCUGGAAACCACUUCGCACGAUUGUUUUCGCUAGUUGGGACGGCGAAGAAUAUGGCCUUAUCGGUAGUACUGAAUGGGUUGAGGAAUACCUUCCUUGGCUAAGUGCUUCAGCUAUCACAUAUUUGAAUGUCGAUGUCGGAGCUCGAGGAAGCCAUUUUGAGGCCGCCGCCAGCCCGUUGCUCAAUGACUUGCUUUACAACGUCACAGCGCUUGUGCCCAGUCCUAAUCAGACCAUUCCCGACCAGAGCGUUUACGAUGUCUGGUACGACCGUCGCAUUCGUACAAUGGGCUCAGGUAGUGAUUUUACUGCCUUUCAGGAUUUUGCGGGUAUAGCAUCGCUGGACAUAGGUUUCAGCAACGGACCUGAAGACCCUGUGUAUCACUAUCAUUCUAAUUACGACAGCUUCCACUGGAUGGACCUGUAUGGCGAUCAAACUUGGCAAUACCACACCACUAUCGCCAAGAUUUGGGCACUUCUUGCUGCCAAGCUCAGCGACUCUCCUAUCUUGCCACUCAGUGCAGCGACGUACGCUCAAGGGCUCCAAUACUAUAUCAGCACUGUCAAGGCGACUGCUGAACAGACCAGCAAUACGUCUCAAUUGCAAUUCUCCUUCUCUGCUCUUGAAAAGAAUGCCAGCAGUUUACACGCAACAGCAAAGAAUUUCGACAAGUACGCCGCUUCACUGACUGCCGAGCUUGGAGAACACGUCCCAUGGUGGAAAUUUUGGAAGUCGGUACGGCUCUGGUAUAAGAUCAAAAAGGUCAAUACUCAGUACAAGCUGCUUGAGCGUCAGUUCCUGUAUGCCAAAGGCCUGGACGGAGAUAGGAGCUGGUUCAAGCAUGUUGUGUUCGCUCCAGGGAGGUGGACAGGAUAUGCUGGGGCCACUUUCCCUGGUCUCGUGGAGAGUUUUGAGGACCACGAUCUCGAGAAUGUGAGGAAGUGGGAGGGCAUAAUCUUGGACUGUUUUGAGAGGGCGAAUAAAUUGCUUGGAGGGAACUGA